AUGUGUCCCGACAGGAGCAGGAACCAGAAUACACCAUGCAAGUAUCCAGGAUGCGAGAACACCGUCUGGAAGGACCCGGACGGUUCGUAUUCGUCGUACUGUGGACUGACUCAUCGCGAUGCGAUGGCGCAGAUCACGAACAAGGACAUCCCCAACUGCAAGAGCUGCAAUGUUCGGCCAGUCUACGUAGAGAACGGGCGUAAGCACGACUUCUGCGGUCUUCGGUGUGCCAGGUCUUAUGGCAAUGGCGGACGACGCCGUUCGAAUUCCUUGACCAGAGUGCCUGCCGUCUUACCGACCAACAAUGGCCGAUGCCAGAUCCCUGGGUGUGUCAAGCCGGCCUUCAAAAAUCCAGAUCAGACAUUCAGCCAGUAUUGUUCUAACGGACAUCGGUCGAUGGCGGUCACCAAAUGUUUCGCCGAAGCUUGUCUGCUCUGUGAUAAAUACCCUAAAUCGGUACUGAAUGGAAAAUUGUCCGAUUUCUGCUCGAGGAAGUGUGGACAAGAUGCAGUGGCUGAUGCUCCGCGGAUUUUGCAUGUUCCAAGUGCUCACAAGAUUUACAAUGAGGUCGAGAAGCAAUUCCUUGAUGGGUGGAAGCAUCCGACUUCGACGAAGCCAACCAUCAUGAAGAUUUACCGCAUCUACAGCGAUAAGGAUCACAAUGAACAUUUCUGUCGGUAUAGAUUGUCGGUAGAGCGCAAACGUGGAUUAGACGACGGCAACAGCAAGCGGCGCUGGCAUGGAACGGUUCGUACCUGCCAAUUGGGAGACAACGAGAACUUGAACCUGCGUAUGUGCAACGACGACGAGUGUUCGCUGUGCUGCAUCAUUCGAUCGUCGUUCCGGCUCGCGAAGUUCGGCGCCAAAACCAACUUCGGUCGCUUUGGAGAAGGCAUCUACACUUCCGCCACGUCCUCCAAGGCGAACGAUUAUAAUGACGAGCUAGGAGGUUCGCCUUACAGGACUAUGCUCCUCAAUGACGUAGUUAUUGGUAAGACAAUCAAGUUGAUGCAGGAUAACGAAGAUCUCAAGGCGCCGCCUGGCGACCACGACUCUGUGACUGGCGAGCCUGGAGGAUCCUUGAACUAUGAUGAGUGUAUUGUGUACAAGAACGAAGCCAUACGUCCCCUUUUCCUUCUCAUUUAUCGAAUGAAUUAGGGCGGAAAUGCUAAAGCGCCCUUCUUUACGGAAUCGAGGAAGUACAGGGUUUGAUGGGAUGUAUUGGAUAUGGAUAUUGCUAUUGCUACGGAGGACGACACGGGCUUGAUGCAGAUCCGCUACAAUCGCUAGGAAGAGCUCAAUAGUAUGUAUGGUCCAUGUAUGUGGUACAUAAAAUGUAGUAGAG